ACCAAAUAAGAAACAGGACACGUGAGGCAGACAGGUUCACUGAGAAGAUUCAGUGAAGCGGACAGAGCUUUUUGAAGGGACAACCAAGCUUUAGCAGAACUGGUGGUGUUGGAAAGCUGCAGUUUUCAUUUUUUUAUUCUAUAACCAAGACAUCCUUGCUUUGUCAGAUUGAGAUUCAAUUGAAAGACCACCAUUAGUGGGGGUUUGAGACACUUUAGGGGCCGUUACUUGUAGUGGAGGUUGAAGCAUCCGUGUCAAAAUGUGUUCAGGCGGCUUUGCCAAGUGUUUGGGGAUCAGUCUGAUGCCUCUGUCGAUUGUAUGCGUGCUGUGUAACAUCCUGCUCUUCUUCCCCGGGGGAAAAGCUGUGGAGAGCGAACACAUCACAGACGAAGUCUUGUACUGUGGAGGCAUUCUGGGAUCCGGAGUGUUGAUGAUCUUCCCGGCUCUGGUCUUCCUGGGUCUGAAGAACAAUGACUGCUGCGGUUGCUGUGGCAACGAAAGCUGUGGGCGGAGAUUUGCGAUGCUGACCUCCAUACUGUUUGCAGCUGUGGGUGUUGUGGGGGCUGGUUACUCAGUUAUAGUUUCUGCUGUGGCCAUAAACCACGGACCUGAGUGUCUGGUUAACAUCACAGGCAUGCAAUGGGACUAUCCCUUCUCAAACGGUGACUACCUGUCCAACAAAACUGCCUGGACGACAGUUUGUUUGGAGCCGCCCGGCGUGGUGUCCUGGCAUCUCUCUCUGUUCUCUGUGCUGCUGGUCAUGGGUUUAAUCCAGAUUGCACUGUGUGCUGUGCAGGUGGUGAACGGCCUGCUGGGAUGUCUGUGUGGUGACUGCUGUGGCGGGGGUGAUUGAGCCGUCUGAGCACUUCCUACAGCUGUGAGAGCCAGCAGACGGCUGCUUCUUGUAUUUAUUCUGUUUUUAGAGGAUGACAGUAGUUUCUUGCUUCAUGCCAUAGCUCUACGUUUUUGCAUAAGUGUUCCUCGAUUACACUGUAUGUAUCAACAACACUGGUGAAAUGACAGAGCUCUAAUUUAAAGGGUUUUCUAUUUACUCUCUAGCAAACAUUAAUGACAGUUUCUUUUUAUUAUUAAAUCUGAAUGUGCAUUUCUGGCUCUAAUUAAUUUCUAACACUACUGUAUUUAAUGAUUUUCGUCGUGCUAUAUAUUUUUGAAUCAGUGUUUGCCCCUUCAGCUAAGUCAGUAAAUAAAGAUCCUAUUGUUGGUAUGCAAAGAAGAUGGGAGCAUAAGACAGGAUGAAACCAAGCUAUUGUUUUAAAUGUUAUUUUUUUUCUUAUCCAGUCAAACCUAAACAAAGGCAGCAACUUGUUAGAAAACAACCUUUUAGAAAAAUAGAUGUUGCAUGACUGCCCCCUGCUGGGCAUUUUGGUGUUGUAAGCACGAGUCUGAUAGGGGUUAAAAGGUCAUAGAGAUGAACCUAUGAGUAUCUACAGCAUCAAUAAAACUUACAUCUUACUUCUCACUGACAAAUAUAUGCCGGGGUCCAGGC